ACUCCAAACACCAAGUGGUUGCAGCACUGGAAGAUUCUUAUCUCCUCAGAUAACUGUUGGACCUGAUGUGUUUCCACUUAAAAAUGUGGCCCAUUCCCAAGAACCUCACCCCUCCACUGAGAAGCCUGUCAUCCACUGCCAUAAAUGUGAGGAGCCAUGUAAAGGCGAAGUGCUCCGUGUCCAGUCCAAGCACUUUCACAUCAAAUGCUUCACCUGCAAAGUGUGUGGCUGUGACCUGGCCCAAGGAGGUUUUUUCAUUAAGAACGGGGAAUACCUCUGCUCUGUGGAUUACCAGCGCAUGUAUGGAACCCGCUGCAAUGGCUGUGGGGAAUUCGUGGAAGGAGAAGUAGUGACAGCUCUGGGAAAAACCUACCAUCCGAACUGCUUUGCCUGCACUGUUUGCAAACGCCCGUUUCCACCAGGAGACCGGGUUACCUUCAAUGGAAGGGAUUGUCUCUGUCAAAUGUGUGCUCAGCCAAUGUCAUCCAGUCCAAAAGAGAUCUCCAGCUCAAGCAAUUGUGCUGGCUGUGGAAGAGAGAUAAAAAACGGCCAAGCGCUACUAGCACUGGAUAAGCAGUGGCACCUGGGAUGCUUUAAGUGCAAGGCCUGUGGCAAGGUCCUGACUGGGGAAUACAUCAGCAAGGAUGGUGCCCCUUAUUGUGAAAAGGACUACCAGGUUCUCUUUGGGGUCAAAUGUGAAGCAUGUCACCAGUUCAUCACUGGGAAGGUCCUAGAGGCUGGUGACAAGCAUUAUCAUCCGAGCUGUGCACGAUGCAGCAGAUGCAACCAAAUGUUCACGGAAGGAGAAGAAAUGUACCUGCAAGGUUCCACUGUAUGGCAUCCCGACUGUAAGCAGUCCACUAAGGCAGAAGAUAAGUUACGGCAUUCCUCAUCUGAUUUCUUUUAUCCAAAGAGUCUGGUUCUGCGCAGACCACGCUCUACAGAGCCUACAAGGACAUCAUCUGAAAGUAUUUAUUCCAGACCAGGUUCCAGUAUUCCUGGCUCACCAGGCCAUACUAUCUAUGCAAAAGUAGACAAUGAAAUCCUUGAUUACAAGGAUUUAGCAGCUAUUCCCAAAGUCAAGGCCAUUUAUGACAUUGAACGUCCAGACCUAAUUACUUAUGAGCCAUUCUACACUUCCGCCUACGAGGAGAGACAGGAGAGACAGAGUCUUGGAGAGUCUCCAAGGACACUGUCUCCCACCCCGUCUGCAGAAGGUUAUCAGGAUGUUCGGGAUCGCAUGAUUCACAGGUCAACCAGUCAGGGCUCUAUUAGUUCUCCUGUGUAUAGUCGACACAGCUACACUCCCACAAUGUCACGCUCCCCUCAGCAUUUCCACAGACCUGGCAAUGAGCCGUCCAGCGGUCGGAACUCCCCUGUCCCCUAUCGGCCAGACAGCCGCCCUCUAACUCCAACUUACGUUCAGGCCCCUAAACAUUUCCAUGUUCCAGAUCAAGGCAUCAACAUUUACAGGAAACCACCCAUCUAUAAACAACAUGAUGCAACUGCUUUGGCAGCACAGAGCAAGUCCUCCGAGGAUAUCAUCAAGUCCUCCAAGUUCCCAGCAGCCCAUGCUCCAGCACCCAACGAGAUACCAAAGAUUGAGACAGACCACUGGCCAGGUCCUCCCUCACUUGCGGCUGUAGCAGGAGCUGACAUGAGACGCAGAUCAAGUGGCAGAGAGGAAGAAGAUGAAGAGCUCCAGAGACGUCGGCAGCUACAGGAGGAGCAGCUCAUGAAGCUUAACUCAGGUCUGGGGCAAUUGAUAUUAAAAGAAGAAAUGGAAAAGGAGACUCGCGAUAGGCCACCUCUUUCAGCCAGUCGUUAUGAUUCUCCAAUUAAUUCAUCCUCACAAGCCUCGGCCUCCAAAACCUCCUCCCUCCCUGGCUAUGGAAGAAAUGGACUGCACAGGCCGGUGUCUACAGACUUUGGUCAGUACAAUAGUUAUGGGGAUGUGAGCGGCGAUGUUCGAGAUUUCCAGUCCCUCCCGGAUGGUCAUGUCCCCGGAAUGAGAAUGGACAGAGGAGUGUCUAUGCCUAACAUGUUGGAACCAAAGAUUUUUCCAUAUGAAAUGCUCAUGGUGACCAACAGAGGGCGAAAUAAAAUAUUACGGGAUGUAGACAGAACCCGGCUUGAGCGUCACUUAGCACCGGAAGUUUUUCAAGAAAUAUUUGGCAUGACAAUACAAGAGUUUGACAAGUUACCUCUUUGGAGACGCAACAACAUGAAGAAGAAAGCAAAACUCUUUUAAUUCACUCUACAUUUAUAGCCCUUUAAACUAAACAAAACAAAUUGCAUAGGAUAUCGUGUGAUAAAGUCCAUAUUCUCUUUGGAGAGCAACUUACUCAUCCACCAAAAAAGGAAAAAUCUGACAAAGGCACCUGUAUUCAUAGCAAUUGGGCCAACAUGAACAUUUGCCAAUGGGGUAAAAAUUUCUAUGUUCAGAAACUUGAUGGCAGUUUUCACAUGUGUAAACUUUUUACAUGUCGUAUACAUGAUAGGAAGCGGUUCUUUUCUUCUCCCUCCAUAAUAUUCCCUUUAUUUUUGCCCAGAAUAUGAUGGACUUUAUUGCUAAAGCCAGGAAGUGCUCUUAGGAUGCCUAGUAGAAUGAAAGAAUUGUAAUCACUUCAAGAAAUGAAUAUAUAUACAUAUAUUCUGUAGUAUACCCAUAUGGUAAAAUUAAUCCUUUUUGCACACCAUUUCUUAACUGGCACUGUUUUAAACAGCAUAUUCUUUCUGUUAGGAAAGAAUGAGGCUCUAUUCCACUGCAUACCAACCAAAUUAUUGGAAAACAAAUUCCCUGCUUGUACUUGUACUACAUAUAUGCUAGGAUAUCAAUAGUGAAUUGCUGUGUAUGUUUUCAGAUCUUCCCUCCUCCAUACUUUCUGCUUUAAUUAACAUGGCCUGGGCUUUACUAGUCAUUUAAGUAAAGGGAAUGGUGUAGGAGUGGCAGUUUUCUUGUUCUUUAGUCUGGGGAUUUAGGGAGGGUGGUGGGUGGAGGAAAUGAAAGGGUUAAAAGGAAAUUCUUCUCAAGUAUUCUCUGGUGCACACCCACAGACUUUGGGCCAAAUUCCCUGCUACUGCAAAAUGGCUCAGCUGCACUGAGUUGCACCCGCAGAGAAUUAUAGUCCUAUCUUGCACCAUGUUCUCCCAGUAUAGGCUCAGUGGUUACAUCCCUGUUGCAGACAUUGAGGAUACUGCACAGUGUAUCAAGUUGAGCACUUUUUUAUUGUUUGUGAACAUGUUUUCACUCAUGCUUUGAAAAGAGGGUUUGGAAUUCCUUUGAUGCUACAAAGAUGCAGCCUUGGUAUUGUUUUGUGCCUGGCACACUUUGUAGGGUGCAGGAAAUCAUGCUGGAUAGUUUUUUUUUAAUCGAGUUAUGCUUAUUAUUCUUUGCAUUCUUUUCCCACUGCUCCAGAGUGUGAAGAUUGCCUGUAUAUAACUUCACUGCUUGGAGGGCAGGUUGUGUUCUCACGAGGACAUGAGGAACACAUUACCUUCCCUGAAUGCUUAGCUGCUGAAAGGUCAGCGUCUUCUCUACAUUGGUGCUGAACUGCCAAUGUAUCCCUCUUUUUUAUGAAUGCGCUAGUCUACAGAGGGAUGUCAAGAUUUUCCUUUUAGAUUUGAUAGUUCUCAUGGGAGACACCAGAGCCUUUUGUGUUUUCCAUUACUGAGGACUAACACAUAGACAUCAGGAGGAGGAGGUGGUUAGGUCUGUUAAGUCGUGUAGGAGAUUUGAGAUUCUGGAUCAUUGCAUUGAGUUCUGCACUUCUGCUCCAGCAGGCUGCACGCUGUCCUAUAACUAAUCUUCUCCAUGUGCAGAAUUAACCAAAUCCUGCUUUCUGGUUGCAGUCUCAGAGAGGCGUGAUCCAGCAGAACCACUGAAGAGAUCUGGGCAGAGGGUUUAGUAUUUGUGGGGUCCAUACCGCCUGCAUGCUAGAGAGCACAGCCAGGGGAAAGGAAUAGUGCAGACCAGGGGAUGAGCUGGUGGAGGUGCUACCAUGCAGCGCCAUCAGCCAUUACCCCUAUGGAACAAGAGCACAGAAGUUCUCAGUGAACAGCAUAACACUGGUCCAAACGAAUCCCUGGGGGUAAUUCCAGUGACUUCAGUGGGGUUACAGCAAGGAUCAGUUCAGCAUGUUUUGUUUCAUGUUCCAGCACAAGCAUAAUAAACAUUUCCAGAUUACUACUGACAAGUAAAUGGGAGUGGAAUAGCUGAAAUGAGAUGCAAAUCCGGGUUACCAAUGAAACCAAACACAGCAUACUGAAGGGGCAAACAGCUUAUGAUUGGGGAGUUUGGUAGGGUUGGAAUUUGCUGAAAUCUGCUGUUUGUUCCUUGCAGAUUAUGGCUCAAUUUCAAGCCGGAUAUUUUGGGCAUCAGUUUUUAAAACAUUCCCGAAAUUAUUUAGGCCCCAACCCUGCAGAUGACUCCACACAAACAUAGCGUGACACACCCUGGUGAGCAGUGAUUUGGAGGGUCAGUCUUAGUCUUUUUCCCAGUUCUGAUUUUCAGUUCAAAGGAUGCUCUCCUGCGUAGCACAGGAAAAGCUGCAAGCUUGCAGACCACAUUAUUCCCUCCAUCUGUAGCUUUAUUAUUAAACAUCUCCACAGCUGACUAGGCAACAUUAUCCAACGGAAAAGUUGAAAACCAGCAAAGUUUGAAUUUCAAAAUAUCUGACCUGGUUAUUUUCAAUGCUUUAUUUUCAAAAACCCAAGCUAUGAAAAAUGACUUCAGGUUAGAUUGUAUCUAUUUCUAACCAGUUCCGACCUAUCGCCACUAUCCCUGCUUAGAAAGAAAUGAAAGAGAAGCCAGUUUAGGUGCCCCAGGCAUCUUAGCCUACACACAUCUUCAGGAGUUUGCUGUGUAGAAGCUGGUGUCAUUGUCCUUUACAACGAUAGGUUUCUCCAUUACUAAGAAAUACAUGAGGACAUUCAUGAAAGUUAAGAUGACUCAAAUAAAUGUGUGAAGUUAAAGCACAUUAAUUACAAAGGAUUACACCCCUGUGUAAAUGCUGUCAUUAAAGUGAUGUUAGUUCACUGUAGCUAAAUUCUCUGCUACUGUGAACUAAUGCUGCUUUACCUCACAACUUUAGUUAUUUCAUCUUAACUUCCCUGAGUGUCCCCAUGUACACAACCCCUAGGAGAUCCCAUGUCUUUAAGGAUCACUGCUGCAGCCCUGGGGCCUGUUUUCUCCAGUGAGCAGCUAGUAAUUCUCACCACAAGUUUUUCUACCUUCCCAUCGGCCUGAGAUGGCAAGUAGCAGCCUCAUAAACAGAGACAUAGCCCCAGGGAGAGGUUCGUUAGUUUGUGAAUCAUUUCCCUAGCACCACUCCCAUAUUCUGUUGUUUUGGGGCAUAUCUUCAAGAUGUAGGUAAAUUCCCCCUCCUGCUUAAACGUUCCCUGAAGAUAUGGUGCUGUUCAAGUAGGUUCCCAUUUGCAGAUACAAAUGCAUAUUUGGAGCACGCAGUUACCUGAUUGCUGACGUGUUCGCAUGUUCUGAGUGUACCUAGUGCAUUGCCAUGAUUGGCCUGGGUGUAAAUCAGUGCAGAAUUUGGCCAUAGGCACUUCUUUUUGAAAAUGGCACCCAUUACUUAUUGCCUUUCCUUCAGCUCUGCAGCACCCAUACCAGCCAUGAUGAGAUUGUUAAGGAAUGCUGUGUGUAGCUUAGCAAUAUUCAUCAGUGUUGUUGGGAUCAAGUAAUUUGACUUACUGUUUUUGUCCCCUCUCCUGUCAACUAAGAGACAGAAAAAAGACACGAGAAUUUUUAUAUAAACUAGAAAGAAGCAAGAAGGAAGACUUGGCCAGUCCAGUGUCUUUGCACUAUAUUGUAAGUGAACUCAUUUCUACUCAGGCUUGAAAAUCAGAAUGAUAGUGCAUUUAUCUUAAUAUGUGCAUUGUGUCUUCUCUGCAGAUUUUAGGAUUAAGCCAGUAGCUGGAAGGAUAGAUUUGGAAGUUUUUAGACUUGGCUAACACUUUCAGCUUCCCAGUGAAACAUGAAACCAUUUUUUUCCUUUCAAAACUUGUUUGAGGAGCUUCAUUAUAUUAUUUUGUCUUCCUUAAAGGAUAACUUCAUGCUGGUGUCAUUUAAAACAGAUUGGAGCCCUGUUAAGAGUUUGAAAAGAUUGUCUAACAACAAUGCACUUUUUUUCAGUUUCUGGUUAGUAACUUAAAUAUCCUUUGUGAUGACCUGUAAACUCAGAUCAGCUGCCAUAUGUGGUGAAAAGAGUCAGGCUGGAAAAGUAAUGAGAGGGUUAUUGGUCUUACAAGGUGCAAGACUUAAUUUUGUGAUUCUGAUAACGUCCUGGUGUUUCCUGUCACUGGACUGUCUUUUCUUUGAUGUUUGCCUGUUUUAAAGUUUGACUUGCUCUGAUGCUGAAGGUUUUGCCAUCCUCUCCCCAUUCGGAGGCACACCUUGGAAAGUCUUCAUCGCUCAGAUGGUCCAAAAGUCCUGUCAUCUGGGGAGAGUCACCAAGUCUUUUUGGAAAAAUUUGUUAAGCUUGAAUUAGCCACCAGCCUUUGAAGCCAAAUCCCUUUGAGUAGUUGCCUCUCUCGAGGUUUAUGCUGCGGCCAGUUUUAAAAUGCAAGUUAAUCUUUACAAAGAGAGAAUUCUUUUGUUCUGUUAUAAAUAUGGCAGGGAUGCCUUGAGGCGGGGAGUGGGUCUGGCUCAACUAGGGUCCUCCAGGGCUCCUCAGAGGUGAGUUUAACGUAUUUAAGAGGAAAUAAUUGCAGAUCAGCCAAGUGCUGCUCACUCUCAAAGCCCCUUGAAGGCACUGGAGUCAUAGACAAAUGUAAAUCCGGAGUAACAGGUGUAAAUCAGGAGUAAGUCUACUGAAGUCAAUGGAAAUAAGCUGGUGUAACAGGUGACCGCAGAAUCAGCCCACAGAAAGAGAGCCAGUGCUGUAUCCCAAAGACCUAAUACUGAGCAGGCCUGAGCACCUGUAGCCCCCAUCAAUUUCAAUGUAAGUUGGGAGAACUCAGCCCUUGGAAGGGCUGGACCUUAGGACAGAGGAGUUAUGUAAUGAAUGAAAAACCUCCUCUUUCUCUCCAUCCCUUUCCCCUCUUCGAUAUCUAUUAACACCCUUUCAGGAUUCAAUGUGGGGGGAGGGACGGUUUGGUUUUUGUUUUUGCUAUGACUCGCUCCACGUGUUGGACGCUACUUUAUAUCCACUGAAAAGAACAGUCACAAGAAGAUUCACCACCCACCCCAUUGGAGGGAACAAGCAAAGCACCCAACCUGUCCUGGAGCCAUGAUCAUCUCUGUCCACUACACACACUUGGGUCUUGAUUCUGCAGUCAGUGCUCACUUGAGCAACCCCAGUGCCACUGCACUGUCCACCCACUCAGACUUCAUGGGACUGUUCAGGCAAACAAGGGCAGCAGGAUUCUUAGUGCAGACACAUCCCGGGGAGGGCUGUUUAGACCUGGGGUAUGGUCUUCGGCUAUUGCAAUGUAAUGAGAAGCAUAGAAAGUGCUACUGAGCUCUGUGAUGAGAGAACAAUGUGCCUUUCUCCUUCGGUAUGAAAACACCGCCAGUGGUUGGCUACAAGACCCACAGUGGGUGGCAGCUGGUGUGGAUUUUGUCUUGUGAUGCCCACCUCCACCUUUUGUGUCGCAUUUAAAUAAGAAGACCAGUGUUGUGCACAGAUUGGGAUGUUCCAGUUGAAGGCCCCUCUUGUCAGGCAUCAUCUCUGAGGCCAAUAAGCAUAUUCAUUGACAUGUAAGCAUGUUCAGGAAGUGUGUGUGUGGGGGGGGAAAUAAUUGGCCAUCAGUGUUGUUGCCAUGAAUUACUUCAUUUCCCGAAGGGCUUCUAACAAGGAAAUUCAUUUAUGUUAAUUACUUCCUCAAAAUGUUCCUCCACAGGAGAGAAUAUUGAUCCUGCAUGCUUUGAGAUCGUAGUUUUCUGAGAUGAAGCAGCCCUUCCAUUUUGCUCUGGAGGCAAAUAGGUGUUUCAGCUGCACAAUCUUGCAGAAUGUUCAUGGUUAGUGCAUCAAACACAGCACUUUGGGCCAAAUUUUCAAAUAUAUUUAGGUGCGUAAUUCCUAAAGAUGCAGAGAGGAAUUGAAAGUCACUGGGAGUUAGGUGCCUAUAUGCAUCUUUUGGACCUGAUCCAUAGCCCAUUGAAAUCAACGAAAAGACUCCCAUUGACUUCAACCUGCUUUGGAUCAGGCCCUUACUCAGUUGGCUAGGCCAGAAAAAUAUCUAUCCCAGAAGCCAUUUCUUCGCAUAGUAAUGAGCUUUUUGUAUCAUUAAUAAAACUGUUCUGUGCAAGCAGAGUGACUGUGUGAGUUGCUAACAACCCUUGCAGUAAGGGGGCCUUAUAGAUGGCUGGGGUUUAAGUUUUGGGGCAUAAAACUAACUUUAAAAAGAGAUUUUGUUUUAAGUUGAUAGGUUUUAGCGAUGGGUCUUUUGUUUUGGGUUAGGUUUCAUUAUGUUUUCUCCCCUUCCUUCAGAAACUUGACAAACCAGCCUUUUUUGAAAGAUUCCCUUUCUUAUUCAGUGGUUUGCGGUAUAGCUCUAUUUCCGAGUCUUUCUGUAAAAGUGAAUUGAUGUCUGUCUGUACAGUAAGUCCUCUUGUUUGCGAAAUGAGAAGUUGACCUAGGUUGCUGUUCUGUACAAUUACUGAUCUUCUCCACUUUCAUAUUGCAAGCAACACAUAUUGCACUCCUAUGCCACUAUAAUCUGCAUCACUGUUGUACGCAAAUCAAGUCAAUGAAUAAAGUUUUGUGCUUUAUUCUUAA